GAAAAUCUGGCUACGUCGCAAUAGAACAGCUUUGAAAAUGCGCAUGCUUCUAUGACAAGAUACGAGGCUAUAGAAGCAAUGCGCAAGAUGCGUACGGGAACUAUGACGUAUGUGGUGUUUUUCGUUACAUGGUUCGCGAAGCUGUCGACCUGUAGAGGCCAACCAUUUACCACGACCCUGCGUUAAAGACGAAAAUGGCUACGAGGUCCGAAGAUCAGUUGGGUAUAAAAUGGGACAAAUGUGUCGCUGACACAUUACUGAAAAUGGGUGGCGGACUGGCAGUUGGUGCAGUGUUUUCCCUCAUGUUCUUCAAACGACGGGCGUGGCCCAUGACCUUCGGCCUGGGCUCAGGCCUCGGCAUGGGCUACUCCAACUGCCAGCACAGUUUCGACGAGCCGUACCUGGUGCGAGCCGACCGGUCAAGUCACUAUUGA